AUGAAGCUGAUGUUGAAAGCCCCUCUUCUCCAUUUUCUGCUCUUCUGUGCAGCCCAGACAUCAGGUGUCGAAAUCGAGUCCUACCCAGCAGUCAACGCUGAUGGAUUUGUCAGGUCAGAGCUGGACAAGACGGUGUCUCUGACCUGCUUGACCCAGGGCGGCUCUGGGACUCAGGCCAAGGAGGAGCUGGUCUGGCUGAGGAACGGGGCGCAGGUCCAACUGAUGGAUGGCAACAAACACGGCAGCAGCAGCCUGUGUGUUACACCUGUCACCCGUGAAGACAACACCGCCACUUUCACCUGCCAGCUGAAGAGCGACGCCAGCGUUAAUGCUUCUGUCACCCUGGAUAUCACCUACGCUCCAAUGCUGUCUGGUGUGGAGGAGGUGACUGUGGAAGAGCAGGCCGUGCUCGUGCUGCAAUGUGACAUCCAAUCCAACCCGCAUGUCUCUGUGUUGUGGCUGAAAGAGGAAAACCAACUAGAUCUAUCAGUGGGCAGCUUCGUGGUGACCAGUAAUGGCUUCACAACUGAGCUGAGAGUCAACAAGGUGGACAGGAGAUUGCACCAGGGCAAAUACGAAUGCAAAACAGUCUCUCACGUCUACGGAACAAGGAGCAAGGUUUUCAAUGUCACUGUUGAAGACAAGACUCUGAAAUUCCCGCUGAUGCCCAUGGUGGCAGGGCUGGUGGUGGUGGCCUGCACCGCCCUGCUUGCUGUGGCCUCACGGUGGAAGAGGAUUGCAAAGUGCUGCAAGUAA